GUUUGAAAUUUUGGAUUUGCCUCCGUUUUUUGAUGAUUUGUUCCUUGGAUCAAAUUUUCAUUGGGAAAAAUCUGCUUAUUCUUUUAGGAGAAGUGUGGUUCUUUCUGAAUGUAGGAAUUGAAUGCAAUUCUAAAAUAGUAGGAUAUCUUGCAUACUGUCAUUUCUUUUUUGUAAUUAAGCAUCCAAUGCUAGUUAAUUUCCUAUUAACAUAAAGAACCUCCAUCACAACCAUUUGGGUUUUUCCACUUGAUUUGUAUUCUUCACUGAGGAUCAUCAUGUUGUGUGUCCAUAGAUCUGAGAAUUUUCCCAUGCAACUUUGAUUGAUGUCCUUGGUGCCUUUUUUUGUCAUCUAACACCUUCAUCUUCUACGAAAUCAUUGAGGGGCCGUUGCAUGGUGCAAGUACAAGUUCGAUCUGCAACUAUUGCAAGUAUGAUUUUGAGAGUGAUCACUGCAUCCAAAAGUGCUAUACCAUAGAGUUUAGCCAAUAUUUCCUUCCUAAGAUUCUACUUUGAUGAAAAUUGGAACCGUAAUUGGAUGAUUCCCCUCCUUUGUCAGUUUAGAGCAAAUGUUUAGGCGGCAUGCGGCGUCUAGAAAGUACACAGAAUUAUUUUGGACGAAAAGGUAUGGAUUUUGAUUUGAAAUCCCAGUCUCACUCUUGUAUUGCAAAACUCUGUGACAAGUUGACUGACAUCUCAGUUCGCAAGGUUGUUCAAGCACAAGAAUGUAUAGCAAGAAGUCCUCCUAGAGCCAAGACUGCAGUUAGUGAGAUAACGAAUGGCAUUUCAGUCAGUAAAGAUGCGGGUAGAACAGAAUCUAUAUCAGGGCUCAGCAGGGAACUCACUGAAGAAGACAGUGAUGUUGCAUGGGGAGAGGAAUCCUAUCCACGGCCUAAAAAUGGUGUUGAAAAUAAUGGAUGUGCCAUCUGCAUGCUUGGUGGAGAACUCCUAUGUUGUGUUGGAAAAGGAUGCCAAAGGAGCUAUCAUUUAUCUUGCCUUAACCCUCCUUUGGUGACUGCCCCUCCUGGAGUUUGGCACUGCACGUUUUGCGUUGAGAAAAAGAUGAAUAUGGGCGUCCAUUCUGUCUCUAAAGGAGUGGAGUCAGUAUGGGCUGUUAGAGAGGUUGCUUCAGAUAAUGAAGGAAAACAGAAACACAAGGAAUAUCUGGUCAAGCACCAAGGUCUUGCUCAUGUUCACAAUCUUUGGAUUCCAGAGAAAGAGCUUCUUCUUGAAGCUCCAACAAGGGUUGCAAAAUUUAAUAGGAGGAGCCAGGCCACAAGUUGGAAAACAGAAUGGUCUAUCCCACAGCGUUUGCUGCAGAAACGACAGCUGUCAUUUUCAAAGCAUCGUACUAAUGGGUGGCUUGUGAAAUGGACUGGUCUUAGUUAUGACCAUGCAACAUGGGAGUUGGAGAAUGCUUCAUUUUUGACAUCACCUGAGGCUAGGAAGCUUAUACAAGAUUAUGAAGAUGGCCAUGCCAAGGCAGAAAGAAAAGAUUAUGAAAAUUGCCAUGACAAGGCAGACAAAAUGCAAAGUCUUUCUCAAGCCAAUGAGGAAGGAGAACUUAAUAUUUCCACAUUAUAUGCUUAUCAAUCUAGAAAGGCCAACUUUUCUAGAUUGUCGCAGUUGUCUUCUGGAGAUUCACCUGGAGCAUAUAAUCAUUAUCUGAAGUAUGUGAACAAACUUCGUGAACAUUGGUAUAAGGGUCAUAAUGCCAUUGUUUUUUAUGAUCAAGCAGAUCAGGAGAGGAUUUUAAAGGUGAUCUUAUUUAUUCUAUAUUUGCAACAUAUUGUGCGGAGGCCUCUUCUUAUAAUCUCCAGUGCUAAUGCGCUCUCUGUGUGGGAGGCUGAAUUUUUACGUGUGGCAUCGUCAGUCAACUUCAUCGUUUACGAGGGGAACAAAGAUGUUCGGAAUAGCAUCAGAUCACUGGAAUUCUACAAUGAAGGUGGAUCUGGAAUUGUUAAAAUCCAUAGCAUGGAGAACAAUUAUAAUUGAUGAGUGCCAACGAUCCAGUAUCUCAAGAGAUUUUAAACAAUUCAAAAUGAUAGCGGCUGAUAUGAGGCUGCUCAUCAGCAGUCAAGUCAAGGAUAAUUCUGCUCAUUACAUCAGUAUGCUUUCCCUUAUAAAUUCUAGAGAAGAUGAACUGAAUAAUGGUAAUAUGAAGAUUCAUGAUUCUGCUGAUGUUGCUAAAUUGAAGGAAAUAUUGGCACCUUACACAGCAUAUGAGUGCAAGUCAGACUCGUUUUGUUAUGAAGAAUAUUGGGUACCUGUCCAGCUUUCCAAUGUGCAGCUUGAGCAGUAUUGUGCUGUGCUGCUUUCAAAUCCAGUGCUACUUUUCAAGAAUGACACUGUGGAUGCCCUUCGUGAAAUUAUUAUUUCAAUUAGGAAGUGCUGUGACCACCCUUAUCUUUUGGAUAAGUCUUAGCAAAGUGUAAUCAGAGAAGGACUUCCCGCUGAAGAGUAUUUGGAUGCUGAAAUACAAGUGAGUGGAAAAUUACUACUACUUGAAAAAAUACUACUCGAGAUGAAAAGCCGGUUCUAAGAGUUUUAAUCAUUUUUCAGUCAAUAGGUUGCUCUGGACGGGAUUCUGUUGGAGACAUUUUGGAAGAAUUUGUUUGUCAAAGAUUUGGUAAGGAUUGUUGGGUGCGGAUUGACGGUAACAGUGGAGUAUAUCGUCGUUCAAAGAAAGAGCUUAUUGAAGAAAACCAAGUUAAAAGUAUUCCGUCUAUACUCACGUUACACCGUUGAAGAAAGAGCUUUGAUUCAUGCAAAGAAAAGUGGAAGUAACGAAAUCAAUGUAGAUUAUAUGAACCGGGAUUCUUGUUAUUCACUGCUUGGCUGGGGUCUGGCGCGUCUCUUCAAUAAGCUUGAUGAUUUUCAUCAAUGCAAAACAUUGGCCUCUGGUUCAAAAAUAUAUUCUGAAUGGCCAUUUUUGGAUAAUGUGCUCCAGGAGUUGUUGGAUCAAUUGCUUUGCAACAGAGAAGAUGAACCUAGCAUCUAUUCUUUCAUUUCAAAGGCACAACAGGACGCAGGAGCAUAUACGAGAGAAAUUUCAGUUAUCGAUGAAAAGGAAGUUCAGGACACUGGACCACCAGCUCUUUUCUGGAUAAAUCUUCUUGGUGGGAGGCAUCCUUGUUGGUGUUUUCUUUGCCAGUCAUCUACAAGAAUCAGAAGAAAAGUUAAUUAUGUUGAUAACUUGUCAAGCGAAUCUGAACUUGAAAAUCAUGUUGUUGCAAAGAAGCGCCGAAAUGUGCCCAACAAUCAAGGGGAUCCCAUCUAUCAAAAGUCAAGGUUAAAGCGUAAAAGAAGUCUAGUUGUUGCAGGCAAGGAACACGAAAUUACUGGUAAAAGGUACAAGUCAUUUCUGGUAGCUGACUCUUCAACUAUGCAUCCUGUGGCUGAUGAUAUUAAAGGAGCGCCAGAAGUCAAUGUGGUUGAAUUUGAGAAAGAAAAUGUGCAGCCUGCUCUAUUGAAGAGCAGUCAACCCUCCGUAAAAUUAGAGAUAACGGAGCUUUGUGAUGUUCUAAAACUUCCAGUAUGCCCUUCUGCACUUAUUGGCGUGCUCUCCAGGGGCCCUACUUAUUCAUGUGCUCUGAUGACAGUUUUUUUACCAUUACUUUUAUAAUGAGAUUAUUCUCUCUUUCUUUUGUUGAUAGAUAUACUUUUGCUGCUUGAUUUAUUUUGGCAAAGCAUAUAUCGAUUAGGCAACAAGACUGUAUGAAGAUUACUACCUUUCGCUGUAGUUGAGCUGGAUGCACAUGCAUGCAUGCUUGUGUACUCACACAGGAAUGUGCAAUCAUAUGCGUGCCCACACUGGGGGCAUGCAGCAAAUAGAAUUUGCGUUCAGAUUGAUUGUUGUUUUUUGUAGUAUUCUAUUUACUUAAAAGGAAAAAUGCACAAUUAAUUUUUGGUAAAUGUAAAAAGGGAUGCAGGAACUGUUUCUACCAUCCAUAAUCCUAAUUA